AUGCCGUCGCCGACGCGCGCGUCUAAGUCGCCGACGCGCGCGGUAGCGACAAUCGACUUGACGAAUUCAAAUUUCGGUCCGAACGCGACGACGACGACGACGAGUAAGAAGCGCAAGGUGGACGCGGCGAAGGAGGCGGAGAAGCUCGCCAAGGCGCAGGCGGCGCAGGCGGCGAAGGAGGCGAAGGAGGCGGCCAAGGCGGAGAAGGCGCGACGCCGCGAGGAGGAGAAGGCGGCCAAGGAAGCGGCCAAGGCGGAGAAGGAACUAGAAAUGGCGAGGGCGAAGGCGGCGAAGGAAGCGGCCAAGGUGGAGAAGGAACUAGAAAUGGCGAGGGCGAAGGCGGAGAAGGAAGCGGCCAAUGCGGAGAAGGAACGCGAAGCGGCGGCGCUGAAGGCAGAGAAGGCGAAAUCGAAGGCGGAGAAGGAGGCGGCGGAGAAGGCGAAAUUAGAGGAGAAGCGGCGACUCGAGGCGAAAAAGGCCAAGGAAGCGAACGUUUUCGCGCAAUUUUUUGUGAAGUCGCCAGCGGUGAAAUCGAAACCCGUGGUGACGCCGGAAGUGCGAACGCCGGAGGUUUCGCGAGAGGUGCGGGAAAAGUUGGAUGAUAUCGUGCGCGCGGAGGAUGCCGUCGAGGAUAUGGACGCGAUUCGUGAAACGUCUUUGAAACGUUGGAAGACCAAGCGUAAAGAAUGUAGAAUUGAGAAACGAUGGGGUGCGCGACGCAUCCAACGGGACGUCGAGGUGACAUCUGUGCUUUGCUUUUCUUUGCUGAGUAAGCGCAAGCGCGACGAUGACGGGAUGGUUCACAAGAGUGCGCGUCAACGCCGCUUGUUUGAUAUCGAUGUCGCCUUAUACGAGCGCCCCGCAUUUUGGGGAACUGGACCGUUUCCAAACCGUCCGGCGAACGCAUCCGUUGUGACUGGAAGAAGGCCGUUCGGACAAGAAAAAGAUGUUGAUUACGAAUAUGAUUCCGCGGAGGAAUGGGAAGGCGCUGACCAAGGCGAAAGCCUUUCGGAUGAAGACAUCGACGAAGAAGACGACAUGCCGCAGGCUUCAGAUGAUGAGGACGAUGGUUUUAUCGCAGGCGACGACGAGAUGGCCGAUGAACCCAGGCAUUUCGACGCUGCAGCUAUUGGCGAUGAUGCGGAAAUGACGCAAAAGCGAAGCACGAUGGCGAUGCUUGCCAACCGUUCACGCCGCUCGGCGGCUCCGCUCGUGAUUUCUAAAUUAGCCACGACAGUUGCUGAAAAUGGCGGAGAAUCAAGUUUGUUACGCCUGUUCGCGUUGGAGGCGCCGUUUUCGAACGCGCCGCGCAUUAGCCUCAAAGUGUCAACUUCACAGCCGGCGUCGGCGGUGAAAGCGUCGAAGACGGUUUCGAAAGCGGCCAAGACUGCCACAAAAAAGAGUGCGGACGACAUACUUCAGGAAAAUCUCCGAAUGCUGGUCAUCUUCCUUUUGAGAAACCCGUCGUUGAAAGUGAACCAGGUGAAAGCCAAGUUCCUCGAAGAAGCUUGUCACUCAAUCGCCGGUUUGAAUCACUCGGCGGUGAAACGAAAGAUCAUGGAAAUUGCGACGCAUGUGUCGAAUCGCUGGAUCAUUACGGAGAAGGCUAUGCAAGACGCCGGUGUGAGUGACGAAGAGGUUGCAGAGCUGCGAGCUAACGCUGUCGUUCCAGCAAAGAGUACGGUGAAAAAACGCAAAAUCGAGCAAGGCGAUGGCGCCGCUGCGGCUCCACGAACUUUGGAGACAUUCUUCGGCAAAACAGAGCAGGAAAAACUUCCCACCGCGACGGACGCGCCAAUCUGGAAUCUCGCGAUUGCGAGUAUGUCGAGGUCGAAAGACUCCAAAGGGAUGUUCCGGGAUGAUUACAAGCACAUUUUUGACGAGUCGAACUUGAAAGCGUGCGUUGAACAGGGGGUUGUUCCCGAUUCGUUUGUUUCAUGUCUGAUCAGAAGCGUCGGCGCCAAAUCGCAAAAGACGGCAUUCCGUAUUGCGUGUGAGAAAUUGCUCGUGGUUGUGUUUCGCACGCUCGGGAACGGCCAAAAUGGUGUUUCGGAGCGCAAGCUCGUCACACCAGCCCGUGCGAGCGUCGAUGCCGCUUGCGGUGGAGAUGCGCUCGUGAGCGCGAUAACUUCUUGCAUAGAAAGUGGACAGGAGUCGUUGAAACUCGCGGCAUUGGAGAUAAUGGAUGCGCUUUUGUGUGACCCUACGGCGGGAAUGAAAUUCGUGACCAAUCGCAUGUUCUCCAAACAAGUGAUGCAGCUCAUGAUUGAUGCGCUGGGCAGACGCAACGAAGAGUUUUCCGUUCUCGCCAUGCGCAUUCUCUGCCGCGCCCUCGGCAGUCAAACUGCGAUUGAGACGUGCUCUGCCUUACGCCCGGAGGAGUUCCUGACGUUAUCGCGAGAACUUGCAAAGGGCAUACGUUACCAGUCGCCGGACAUUCGCGACAAUGUCCGCCACGUCUCGUCCGGUUUGAACUUUCUCGAGAAAUGUUUCUCGAUGGAAGCCUGGACGAGCGCGGUCGACCGCAACGCUUGCCGCAAAACUCUCGUCACCGUGUUGGGUGCGUGCAUCGUACAUCGCGAAGACGCCCUCGAUUGGACGAACGAAGUCACGACUGUUUUGCUUAAUAUUUUGAUCGGAACGAUGGAGGUGCUUGAAAUUACGUCCGAGGACAAGAUACAAAUGCGGAACGCUCUCAACGCGCUGUGGACGUCGAACGAUGGGCAAGUCAAGCAACUCGUCGAGAAGGUCCAAAACGCACUAGAAAAUGUCUGUUGA